AACGUGGAAAUAAGUAUUAUACCGCACCAUGUGUCGCUUCACCAAAGUGCUGUUGUACCUUCUUGCGUUUAGCCUGUGUCUGGGAAUUUUUGUGUUCAUCUAUUGGACACUGCUGCAGCAGUUUCGAUUGGAUGCCGAGCAGCCUGCCGUUCGAAAGCCUCCCAGCCUGUCCAUAGCCCCUAUGGGUCCCAAUUUGGGCCUCGAGAAGCUUAUAAUGUGGGGCAAGAUUGGGGAGCAGGCAUCGAACAAGCUGCAAAAGCAGAUACGUCAUCUCGUGGAUAAGUACGGCUACAAGGCGGAACACCGCUUGAGGGCAUGCAACUUGGAUCACGCCUACGGAUAUCUCUCGAACAAUCCCUGCGUCCUGCUGAAGAUCAAUCAGGCGCUCAACUUCGAGGCCAGCACCUACAGCGAACGCCGCUCUCUGCCCGCUGCGGUGCCCAUAGAACUGCGCCGCUACAUGAUGGAGAUGGCGCCCGAGCAGCGCUCGAAUAAAAUCUGGGCCUCCUGCGAUUUCGUGUAUAAGCAGGUGACGACGGGGAUCUCGUAUGUGCCCGAAAUGUUCUACGAUGCCGACGGGCUCUUCACCAAGGAGAACUUUUACGUGGACCCAAACACCUCGGAGAACGAAACGGAGCGAGUGAUCCACGAGGAGCCCGGCUUUCGUCGCAUCAUUGGCGUAAAGUUUUACAAUCUGCCAGCGAAUAAGAAGGUGCACGUCACGUGCUCCGUGUGGGCCCGUAAUAUCCCAUUGGAGCAUGCCACUGUGAAGUUUGUGAUGCAUCAUGUGGAUCCGACGGCGCACAUUGACCCACUGGACAAUCUCUACGACGAAAUUGACAUCUACGAUGAAUGAUUGAGAGACAGCUAGUAGGCAUAUC